ACUUAUUUAUUUUCUCUUUUCUGUAUAUAACUUUAUCCAAAAUAUCAUCAAGUGAUCUCUUGCCACAACCAUACAAUUUAUUUUUCUUUUUAGACAAAUUAACUGAAUCCAUGGCAUCAUCUUCACAGUACUGUCCUCGAUGGAAGUACGAUGUCUUCCUAAGUUUUAGAGGUGAAGAUACUCGAAAAACAUUUACGAGUCACUUGUACGAAGGUUUGAGAAAUAGGGGAAUAUUUACCUUUCAAGAUGAUAAAAGGCUAGAGCAUGGUGAUUCGAUCCCACAAGAACUCUUGAAAGCUAUCAUAGAGUCUCAAGUUGCUCUUGUUGUUUUCUCAAAGAAUUAUGCUACAUCGCGGUGGUGCUUGAAUGAACUAGAGAAGAUCAUGGAAUGCAAGAGCGAAAAUGGACAAAUGGUCAUACCGGUCUUCUAUGAUGUGGAUCCAUCACACGUUCGAAACCAGACCGAGAGCUUUGCAGAAGCAUUUGCCAAACACGAAAUGAGGUAUAAGGAUGAUGUUGAGGGGAUGCAGAAGGUGCAAGGAUGGAGGACUGUCCUAACUGCUGCUGUAAAUCUAAAAGGAUACGAUAUCCGUGACGGGAUUGAAUCAGAGAAUAUUCAGCAGAUUGUCAACUACAUCUCUUCUAAAUUAUGCAAGAUUGCUUAUUCUUCAUCUUCUUUGCAAGAUAUUGUGGGAAUAAAUGCUCAUUUAGAGAAAGUUAAGUCCCUACUUAAGAUAGAAAUAGAUGAUGUUCGGAUGGUAGGGAUAUGGGGAAUAGGCGGAGUCGGUAAAACAACAAUAGCAAAAGCCAUCUUUGAUACUCUAUCUUAUCAAUUUGAAGCUGCUUGUUUUCUUGAGGAUGUUAAAGAAAAUGCAACAAAGAAUCACCUGCAUUCUUUACAAAAUACCCUUCUAUCUGAGUUGUUAAGACGAAAAUAUGAUUAUGCCAAUAAUAAGUACGACGGGAAGAGACAGAUUUCGUACAGGCUUUUGUCAAAGAAAGUGCUAAUUGUUCUUGAUGACAUAGAUCAUAGUGAUCAUUUGGAGUAUUUAGCAGGUGAUCUUGGUUGGUGUGGUAAUGGCAGCAGAGUUGUUGUAACAACUAGAAAUAGACACUUGAUAGAGAAGGAUAAUGCAAUAUAUGAAGUUCCUACAUUACCUGAUCUUGAAUCUAUGCAACUAUUCAAUCAGCAUGCUUUCAAAAAAGAAGUUCCGGAUGAGCGUUUUAAGAACUUCUCGUUAGAGGUAGUAAAUCAUGCUAAAGGUCUUCCUUUAGCCCUCAAGGUAUGGGGUUCUUUAUUGCAUAAGAAAAGCCUGACUCAGUGGAGAAGCACUAUAGACCAAAUAAAGAAAAACUCUAGUUCAGAAAUUGUUAAAAAGCUCAAGAUAAGUUAUGACGGGUUGGAGCCCGAAGAGCAAAAGAUAUUUCUAGAUAUGGCAUGUUUCUUCCGAGGAGAUGAAAAAAAAGUAGUCAUUGAAAUCCUUGAAAGUUGUAAUUUUGGAGCUGAAUACGGAUUGGAUGUCCUGAUUGACAAAUCUCUUGUGUUCAUUUCCAAAAAUGAUAGGAUUGAAAUGCAUGACUUAAUUCAAGAUAUGGGCAGAUAUGUGGUGAAAAUGCAAAAAGAUUCGGGAAAACAGAGCAGACUUUGGGAUGCUGAAGAUUUCGAAGAGGUGAUGGUCAAUAAUACAGGGACAAAAUCUAUGGAAGCAAUCUGGCUACAACGUAUUCAAAAGCUACACUUUAGCAAAAAAGCCAUGAAAAAAAUGAUAAGGCUAAGAAUAUUAUACAUCGGUCACUUUGCACCUGACCAACAGCUCGCGUUAGCAAAUGAUGACUCCAUUGAGUACCUGCCCAACAGCUUGUGUUGGUUUGAUUGGCAUGGAUAUCCUUGGGAAUCAUUGCCAGAAAAUUUUGAACCUAAAGGACUUGUUCAUCUUGAUCUCCAGUACAGUUUUUUGCGUCAUUUAUGGAUUGGAACAAAGCAUUUGCCGUUUCUACGAAAGCUAAAUCUCAGCUUUUCUAGAAGCCUGAUGCGAACACCAGAUUUCACGGGGAUGCCAAAUUUGGAGUAUUUGAAUUUGGUGGAAUGUAUGCGUCUUGAAGAAGUUCACCAUUCCCUGGGAUGUUGCAGUAAACUCAUUGAGUUAGAUUUGGAUGGUUGUAAAAGCCUUAAGAAGUUUCCAUGUGUUAAUGUGGAGUCGCUUGAAUCUCUGUACCUAUAUCGGUGCUAUAGUUUAGAGAAAUUUCCAGAAAUCCUUGGAAGAAUGAAGCCGGGGUUAGAAAUUAAGGUGGAACGUUCUGGGAUAAGGGAACUACCAUCAUCUAUUCAGUACCUAACUCAUAUUACCAAGCUAGGUUUGAGUUUUCUGGAAAACCUUGUAGCUCUUCCGAGCAGCGUUUGUAAGUUGAAAGGUUUGAUGGAGCUAAAUGUGUCGUACUGCUUAAAACUUGAAAGCUUGCCAGAAGAGAUAGGUGAUUUAGAAAACCUGAAGGAGCUUCAUGCCACAUUCACUCAAAUUUCACGACCUCCAUCUUCCAUUGUCUGCUUGAACAAGCUUAAAUCCUUGACUUUUCAAAAAUCAGACGUAAGUCUCGAAGAUAGAGUUCUCUUUGUGUUCCCUCAGGUGAAUGAAGGAUUAAGCUUAUUGGAUGUUCUGUGUCUUGAUUACUGCAAUCUAAUUGAUGGAGGACUUCCGGAAGACAUUGGAUGCUUAUCCUCUUUGAAAAUGUUGGAUCUCAGUGGAAAUAACUUUAAACAUUUGCCUCAAAGCAUAGGCCAACUUGGUGCUCUUCAAUCCUUGGACUUAUCAUAUUGCAAGAGGCUUAAAGAGUUGCCAGAUUUGAUGGAGAUGCGGAAUUUGGAGACUUUGAAUCUGUCACAUUGUAUAAAUCUUGAAGAGGUUCAUCGUUCCGUAGGAUUUCUCAAAAACCUCCAUACUUUAAUAUUAACUAAUUGUAUACAGCUUAAGAGGCUUCCAGGUCUGUGCAUUGAUUCUCUUCGGUACUUGUGUCUACGGCAUUGCUCUAGUUUAGAAAAAUUUCCAAAAUUCCUUAGAAACACGAUUGUGGAGUCGGAGAUUUACAUGCUAGAAAAUGUGAUGAGGGAACUGGAAUUUCCACUUUCCUUUUCUCAGGAAAUCAUUUCCUUGUCACAAAGAGUGUUUAGCAUUGUGCUUGGUGGGAAUAAGUUUUCCUUGCAGCAAAUCCCAAGUUGGUUCCACCAUCGGGGAAUGGAUAAAAGUGUAUCAGUCAAUUUGCCUGAAAAUUGGUACAUACCUGAUAACUUCUUGGGAUUCGCUGUAUGUUACUCUGGCCGCGUAGCUGGUUAUACAACAGCUCACUUGAUUCCCUUAUGUGAUGAUGAUGGGAUGUCAUGGAAACUAGAUUUUUUCUACCUUUCAAAAGGUAGAGCUACAUCUAAUACUAUUCAUUUAUUCUUGUUACCUCUCGCUAGCUUAUGGGAUACGUCUAAGGCAAAUGGAAAAACACCAAAUGACUAUGGGCUUAUAAGGUUAUGUUUUAAAAGUAAAAUCAAGUAUGGAUUUCGUCUGUUGUAUAAAGAUGACAUAGAACUUGAGGCCUUGAAUUGGGACAAGGAGGAAAAUAAUGAUGAUCAACCAACAGAACAUAGCAUUGGGACCUAUGUUGCUCGGACUCUUCAAAAUUGUUGCCUCACCCGUCGACUUUUUUGAUGAGUCCAACAAACAUAGAUUGGGACAAGGAGGAGCAGAUAUGACAGUAGUGAAAACCAUGACUCCGUAACCAAUUAGGUCACAUUCUAGUAUUCAUGGGAGACACUUUGCAGCUCAUUCUUCCAAAUAUAGGGAGGUCGGGGAAAAGAUGGAACAUUUGAUGAUGCAGCACAGUGUGAGACAGUGGAGGAAGCUGGAGUACGAGGUGAAGUUGAGUGCAAACUGAGGAGAGGUGACACUGCCUAUGUUUCCUCUGUUUGUAACAGAACGAUUAGAGUCUUGGCCUGAGAAAGAGAUUCACGAAAGAACUCAAGUAUGCAAUAAUCCGUUAAAUUUUGAAAAGUAAGGAAACUUAAACUAAAGAUACAUAGAAUAGAAUGUAUUAAAAUGUUACUAUAAUUUUGUGGUCUUAAUAAUGUCAUGUUGAAAUUGAAAUAAAGAGAGUAAUAAAUCCUUUUUUUUUAAACUGAGUAUUGUGUAAACACAUUAAAUAAGGGAUAAACCUCUAUUAUUUAAUUUUCCAAAAGUUUAAUUUGACUCUAAUUUCCCGAAAGUUACAAUAAAAUCCCUCUAAUUCCUGCCCAAGUCAAUAAUAAAAUCCCUAAAUUUAAGAUUUUUUUUGUUCUAAUAUAAAUAAAUAUGAUGGUGUCUUACUUCAAUUGUAUCACGAUUAAAUGUCACAUCUUCUUGACGAAAUCACUAUGCUUAUUCUCUCAAAUUUACCCGUGAAAUCUUUGUUACGAUUCAAGUGUGUUUCUAAGUCAUGGGGUUGUUGGAUUUCAAGUCCAAAUUUUCAGCUCUCAAAUCAACAACGAGACGGAGUGAUGACCAUGUUUACAACACGUUCAACUAGGGAUAGCUCAUUCCAAUUCAUAUAUCAACAACUCACUUUUGAAGAACUUGAUUACCCUUGCAUGAUGAGUUGGCAUCAUAUCGAAAAAUAUUUUAGGUUAUUGGGGUCUUGUCAUGGUCUCAUACUAAUACAUGUAGACGAGCAUAUUUAUUUGUGGAAUCCUGCCACCCGAUUUUGCACCGAAGUGCUUGAGCUUGACCGAUUGAACGAUGAUGAUUAUUUUAUAGUUGGUUUAGGAGUUUUAAAUGAAUGUCUUUGUAUGACUCGAUUAGAUUAUGAUAAGAGCGGUGUUGAGAUAUUUGUCAUGAAGGAAUCAUGGAUAUUCGUAUAUUUCAUAAGGAAUUUAGAAAUAAAUCCUUCUCAUGAUUUUGUUGUGCCCUUUUUUGUGACAAAAAUGGGAGAAAUAGCUUUGAAAACAGAGAUUGAUUUUCACAAUAAAGUUAUCGUAUACAAUCCUAAGAAUGAUAAUAUGAGAGAUAUUCUCGUUAUCGAGAAGGUGACGAUGUGUUAUUGCAGCCCCAUCGUUAACUAUAUAGAAAACUUGAUCUCUCCGAAGGAAUAUUACUGGAGUGAGAAGUUGCACAAACAAUUUGGAAAACCUAUUUGGGAAUAGGAAUUUUAAUUGAUUUUCAUUAGGGAUCUUUUAUUUUAUUUUUCCUUCUUAA